GCCGAGAAAGUUGUUGUCCACAAGUCUAGAUCCGUCUUCCUACAAAAUUUUUGGGAUAUGGGUAUUGCGGGAGGGCCUCACGAUCACGCCCCUUGGCUCCUUGAUACAACUUACCGAAGCUCUGGAGGUUACCAUAUUUCAAUCCGACAUGGUUUCAACAUUUUCUCAAAAUUUAGUUUCUCCGCGACCCCCGGCUCGACCCCUCGUGCCUUCUGGAUUCUUUCUCCCUUGCUUCACUACUGCAACUCCUAGUUUUCACGCACCCACUUGUUUCUCUAACCUAAGAGGUCCCGCUGUUGUCGGCGGAAAAGCGCGUCUAGUUGCGAGAGCUUCAGCUUCGACCUUGCCAUACAGUCCAAACAUUGCAGAGGAUCUAGGUGAUAUCACCAUUUUCACUGCAGGUGGUGAGCCCGUGAUGUUCAAAGAUCUCUGGGAUCAGAAUGAGGGACUAGCUGUUGUGGCCCUCCUAAGGCACUUUGGAUGCGUUUGCUGUUGGGAAUUAGCUUCAACCCUGAAGGAAUACAAAUCAAGGUUCGAUUCAGUUGGUGUGAAACUAAUUGCAGUUGGUGUUGGCACUCCUAAUAAAGCUCGUAUACUUGCUGAGCGAUUACCAUUUCCAAUGGAUUGUCUAUAUGCAGAUCCUGAGCGCAAGGCAUAUAAUGUUUUGGACCUAUACUAUGGAGUUGGUCGUACAUUCCUCAACCCUGCCAGUGCAAAGGUGUUCUCAAGAUAUGAUAGUUUUCAGAAAGCAUUAAAAAACUAUACGAUUGAAGCCACCCCAGAUGAUACAAGUGGUGUCUUACAACAGGGGGGAAUGUUAGUAUUCAAAGGAAGGCAGCUGUUGUAUGCGAGGAAGGAUGAAGGGACGGGGGACCAUGCCCCUUUGGAUGAUAUUUUUGAAGUCUGCUGUAAUACUCCUCCUGCAUAAUCACUAACCCAAUUCUGUAGAACAGGGAUGCUUUCUUCUUGCAACUUUUGAUUGUCACAUAAAUAACCCGAUGAAGUCUAGGGGGUUAAAAGAUUUAAGAUAGUAAUAUUCCUGAACGUUUACGUGGACCUAGCAUUCAGGUUUAAAAUUUGACAUUUUCUAUUCCUAA